AUGGAUUGUUUUUGUUCGAAAGUGUACUCAGUGCAUUGUAAAAUAGUGUUUUUGGAUGAAACGGAAUUGGUGCACGAGCUACAAAAUAACAGCAAUGGACAGGCGCUUCUCGAUGUGGUGUUCCGUCACUUGAACCUUUUGGAAACAGCAUAUUUUGGACUUCGAUACUUGGACCCCCACGGCCAAACUCACUGGCUAGAUCCAACCAAAAAACUCAACAAGCAAAUCAAAGGUGCCGAUCCAUACACUCUUUAUUUUGGUGUCAAGUUCUAUGCUGCUGAUCCAUGUAAGUUAUUAGAAGAAAUUACUAGAUAUCAAUUCUUUUUACAAAUCAAACAAGAUAUUUUGCAAGGUCGGCUUUUGGUUCCAUUUGAACUUGCUGCUGAAUUAGGUGCUUAUAUUUUGCAAUCAGAACUAGGAGAUUAUGAUCCCAGAAGGCAUAGUACGGGAUAUGUGUCAGAAUUUAGAUUUUUACCAAACCAAAGCGUCGAACUUGAGAUGCGAAUCACUGAACUGCACCAAACUCUCGUGGGCCAAAUGCCUUCCCAAGCAGAACUGAAUUAUUUAGAUAAAGUAAAGUGGUUAGAAAAUUACGGUGUAGAUUUGCAUCCCGUAUUAGGCGAAGACCAUGUAGAAUACUUCUUAGGUCUAACUCCUAGUGGUAUCAUAGUGCUAAGAAACAAAAACACGGUUGGAAACUAUUACUGGCCUAGAAUAACUAAAAUAUAUUUUAAAGGACGCUACUUUAUGCUGAGAGUGACUGAUAAAAAUAACGAUGAGUGCACAUACGGAUUUGAAACGCCUUCUAAAUCAGCUUGCAAACAUUUAUGGAAGUGUUGUAUAGAACAUCAUUCAUUCUUUCGUCUGGUGCAAGUUGCACCAACUAGUCCGGAUAUAUUUGCUUUAGGUUCUCGUUUUCGAUAUAGUGGAAGAACUGAAAAACAAGCUGUCCGAGAUGCUCAAAUGAAGCUGCGACAACCUCCUUCAUUUUCUCGAAGACCGUCGAGAAAAUAUUCUAGAAGAAACCAGGUUGCUAAUGAAAACACUUUCUCGGAACCACCUAGAAUCAAUCAUCAACAAGAAAUAAAACAUAUUUCUCUGCCAUUACCUGUGGAAAGUUUUGAAGGUAACUAUAAUUCUACUAUUAAUAGUUCUGUCAAUGUCAAAAAGUUUGAUUCUCCAAGAAGCACCAGAAGUGCGCCUUGGUCCCAACCACAUUCUAAAGGCCUGUAUAACAACUCUGCACCUGCUAGUCCGAGGUCAGUACGAUCUGCAAGAUUUAGAUCUUCGUCAGUAGAUAGUCAAAGUUCUAACGAUUCUAGAAACUGCAAAAAACGAAAACAUAGAAGUCGAACCUCAGACAACGAAAGUGAACACUCUAAUCGUUCUUCGAGAUCCAGAAGAAAACACAGACGAAGGAAAUCUAGAAGCAAUAAAAAGGAUUCUGGUUCUGAAUAUGAUCAAAAAUAUUCAGAUUCGAGAUCUAGAAGUAAGGCUGAUAAUUACUACGAAUUAGUUGAUUCUGGUUUGCAAUGGCAAGAAGUUCAAAGAACCGUUGCUGCUAAUGAUAACAGUUAUAAUAGUAUCCAAAAGGCAAAUGUUGUUAGCAGUAAAAGAAGUCAAGAAAUCCGAUCGAAUCCCCCCAACUAUAAUAGCACAGGGAGAAGAAAUAGACACCGGAAACAUCGAUCCCGAUCAAGAUCACCGUCGGAACCAAAAUGGCUCUCAAACGAACUAAAGAAACAUCUCGAAUUCGAUUUAGUCGAAACCGCCGGAAUGAGCGACCUUCAACUCAAAGAAAUACCCUACACCGUUGUACAAACUAAUUACAGCAAGCACGUCAAACUACGCCCUUCUAAUUCGUCAAGAAGCGAUGAUAAGAGUACGAUAUCAUCGCAUUCCCAACAACCGGCUCAUUAUCAUCACCACUUAAAUAGUUACAUGAAUGAAGCUUUAACUAAUUUCUCAUAUCCUGACAAAGAUAGCAAUAGCAAUAGUCUUAUAGGGCUUCCGGAACCACUGAAGCCAUCUAGUUAUUAUGGUGGUAAUGGGUACAACGGAUAUGGUUCUGUGAAGGACAAUUUUGUUAAUAUGAGUAGAAAUUAUCAUGAACAUUCUGAUUCGGGUGUUGGAGUCGACCAAGAGUGUGAUGGUAAAAGACCAAACUUAAAAUAA